AUGAAUGCCGCUGUCCAAGCAACAGAUGUUUAUGAUGGGUUUGAAAGAGGCGAAGAGACUCUGAUAGUAGCGCUUGACCUCGAUGAUGUCUACAACAGGAUUGAGUACGAUGUCCUUUUGAGAACAAUGAUCAACCUGAAGAUUAUCCCCCAGCUCGUGGUAUGGGUAGGUGAGGCAUUGCUGAAGAGGAGAGUUGCAAUGUGGCUGGGAAACUGGACAUGUGACACCAGAAGCAUCACACCGGAGUCGCUGCAGGGAUCACCACUCUCACCAGUGUUAUUCAACAUAUACACAGUUGGAAAAACUUCUGGACAACUGGAAAGCCUAGGGCGGGAGCUGAGCUUUGCGGAUGUUGUCCUUGUAUACAGACAGACAGGGUAA